AAGAACGAACAGUCAGCCAUUACUGAUUCGUUCUUGUGGUUAGAGAGACGUCUUUGUCCCCAAGCAUCUUCCGCUGUGUGCAGAGGGAUCAAGAUAUCGUCAAGAUUAAUUGAUUGAUUGAGAAGCUGGAUUAUGGCGAAUGUUGAUAUGGACAGACCUAGUAACGGCGACUAUAAGUAUCAACGGGAUGAAGACGAUAUUAAACCUAGGAUUCUGGACGACUCUGAUGGGAAGGAUCAUCAAGCCGACAAGGCCGGUGAAUACGUGCGGGAGCUGCUUCAGGAGAAGAUCGAGCUCGAUACUCAAAAAUGGCCCAAUGCGAUCCGGUUGAUCGAUCAAGAGAUCCAAAAGACACAAGCUAUUGGAAAACCAUUGAGAGAUCCCAAAUAUGUGGAUAUUUAUCGUGAGAAACCAGUUCGUGUUUCUGUCAAAGUUUUGGUGCCUGUUCGUGAACAUCCCAAAUUUAAUUUUGUUGGAAAACUAUUGGGUCCAAAAGGUAAUUCCAUGAAACGUCUGCAAGAAGAAACAAUGUGCAAAAUGGCAGUAUUAGGUAGAGGAUCAAUGAAAGAUAGACAGAAGGAAGAAGAAUGUCGUACUUCUUUGGAUCCGAAAUAUGCACAUCUUUCGGAUGAUCUUCAUGUAGAGAUUACAGCUAUUGCACCGCCAGCGGAGGCUCAUGCUCGCAUUGCUUUCGCACUGGCAGAGGUGCGAAAAUAUUUGAUCCCAGACAACAAUGACAACAUACGCCAAGAGCAAAUGCGUGAAAUGGAAAUGAGUUUGACUGAUGAUCCUAUUUCGGAUGACCGAAGAUCUUCAAUAAGAGGGCCUUCUGGUCCUGGUACUAGUGGCAUACUAAGACCUACUGCGAGGCCGACAUUACCUAGAACAUCUAGAGCUAUGCUUCCACCCCCACCUGCAAAUCGUGGACCACUUUCUCGACCUGUACCACCCAAAUCGAAGGUAUUCUCGAUUUUGGAUCGUGCAAGAGCUGCUAUGGAUCAAAAUUAUGGCUAUGAAACUCAAACGCCUCCACCAACAAAUCGUGUUGGCUCGCAUCAUGAUUACGAUUAUCAUGGAUCAUCGUCGAGUAGUACUCGAUAUGGUGAUCGUCAUUAUGCGCCCAGCUCUGGAUAUACAACUUAUGAAUAUGAGGAUGACUCUGCGCCGCAUUCUUCACACGAUUAUUAUGAAUCUUCGGACUAUCCAGCACAACAAUCCAUGAAAUUCGCAGAGGAGUCAUCGAGCCGCGCUUGGAAAUCAUACAAGACCACGACGUCAGGCACAGCCUCGCGCUACCGCACCACUCCGUAUACACGACCUUCCAACCUUGUUAGUAAUCCGUUGACGGGUAAUCUUCCUAAUGCACGGCGGCCUAUGAUGCCUAUGCAGAAACCCAUAAAUGAAAGAAAUCGUCCUUAAUUGGUCCUGAG